AUGGAGCUGGCAGAACAAGACAAGGUGGAGCAGCUGAAAGAUGGUGGUACACGCACUAUUCCACCAGUUUUGUCACAAAACAGAGGAUUCAUCAGGCAGAACUGUGAUUCUGAGCUACCUUCCCCCCUUCCUUCUGAUUACUUCAAGUAUCUCAGCUGGUGUGACAUAGAAGAACAUGAUGUUCGAGGAAAUCAACUUCAUUGUCCCCGAGUGAGAGAAGGGCCUUCAAAGGAAGAGCUGUUUUUCAGAGGAGAAGAACAUCAUACUUUCAAAAAAAGAAAACAAGUAACGGACACAGAGAAGUGGCAAAAGAAACUCCAAGAGAACUGGGAAAACUGUGCUGAGUUGAACCUUUCGUUUCAGGACCUGGGUGAUCUUUACCAGGUGGAAAACUUCAAAAGGAUUCUCCGAAGAUUAAUUCGGGUGGAAAAACUUUGGUUGGUGGACAAUUCUUUGACAGAUCUAAGUGCCAUAAGGUUGCCAAGAUGCAGAGAACUAAAUGUCAGUAAAAACCACUUUACGUCCUUCAAACAGCUGCCAAAGACACCUCAGAUUCAGCACUUAUCACUUGCUGAAAAUAACAUUAUGACACUGAGUGGAAUAUCAGACUUCAGACAUACUCCACUCGAAUCCCUUAUACUCAAGAGGAAUCCCUGUGAAUUUCAAGAAAAAUACAGACAAAUUGUAUUCUCCAGUUUGCCAAAUCUGAAAAUGCUGGAUGGUAUUCCAAAACUUCCAGAGGACUGUUCACCUCCAGACAUCAAUUUUUUUUUCAAAAUGUGUACUAUACUCUAGCACCGUAUUUUUGUAGGAUCACAGCUCUGCUAGAAUCACCUCACUUAAAAGAUACAAUAAAUCCUGUA